GUUUGUAUAGCGGAGAGGGCUGGACUUGCUCCUCCGGGCUACCAACAAACCACAUCCCCCUUUCCCAGAUUUACACGAUUAUCACUAUCCGAGUCAAGUUGAAGAAACCGCAAAUUGCCUGUAAAGCGUUGUAUGUAUCCAGCUGGGGGGAUAUCUGCAACCAUAUACGCCAACCGGCUGCGGGCAGAGGGCAUGGGCACCAAGGAGCAGGCUAUGCAAUUUGCCAACCAGGACUAUGAGGCACUGAAGCAAGAAUGUGUGGAGUCGGGCUGCCUGUUUGAAGACCCCUGUUUCCCUGCUGAGCCCCCAUCCCUGGGCUUCAAGGAGCUCGCCCCCUAUUCCUCAAAAACUAGAGAUGUGGAGUGGAUGAGGCCCACGGAACUGACAGAUGACCCCCAGUUCAUCGUGGGUGGUGCCACCAGAACGGACAUCUGUCAAGGAGCGCUGGGUGACUGCUGGCUCUUGGCAGCCAUCGCCUCUCUCACCCUGAAUGAGAAGCUCCUUCAUCGGGUUGUUCCACACGGCCAGUCCUUCCAAGACGACUACGCCGGAAUCUUCCACUUUCAGUUCUGGCAGUUUGGCGAAUGGGUAGAUGUUGUGAUAGAUGACCGGUUGCCUGUCAAAGAUGGGGAGCUCAUGUUUGUCCAUUCCGCUGAGGGCAAUGAAUUCUGGAGUGCACUCAUGGAGAAAGCUUAUGCCAAGCUGAAUGGCUCCUAUGAAGCCUUGUCUGGAGGAAGCACCACUGAGGGUUUUGAGGACUUUACUGGUGGUGUGUCUGAGAUGUACGAGCUCCGCAAAGCACCCAGAGAUCUUUACAAGAUAAUUGGCAAAGCUCUGGAGAGAGGCUCCUUGAUGGGCUGCUCAAUUGACAUCACCAGUGCCUUCGACAUGGAGGCUGUUACAUUCAAGAAGCUUGUGAAGGGCCAUGCCUACUCAGUCACUGCAUUGAAGGAGGUUGAUUUCCGUGGCAAUGUGGAACGUCUAAUCCGAAUACGCAAUCCUUGGGGUCAGGUGGAGUGGACUGGUGCCUGGAGUGACAAUUCCCCUGAAUGGGAUGAGGUUGACCCUUCUGAACGAGACGACCUGCACCUACAGAUGGAAGAUGGAGAGUUCUGGAUGUCCUUCAGUGAAUUCUUGAGGCAGUUUUCGCGAAUAGAGAUCUGUAAUUUGACUCCUGAUGUUCUGGAUGAGGACAGUCUCAGCCACUGGAACACCACAAAGUUUUAUGGUACAUGGAGGAGAGGCAGCACCGCCGGAGGCUGCAGGAACCAUCCCAACACGUUUUGGAUCAACCCUCAGUAUAAGAUCACGUUGCUGGAGGAGGAUGAUGACCCAGAGGACGAUGAGGUGGCGUGCAGUUUCUUGGUAGCUCUCAUGCAGAAGGACCGCCGUAGAUAUCGGCGCCACGGUCAGGACAUGCACACUAUUGGCUUUGCUAUCUAUGAGAUUCCAGAAGAGUUUAAAGGCUGCCAGAAUGUCCAUUUGAAGAAGAAUUUCUUUUUGAGCCAUUCAUCAUGUGCUCGCUCUGAGACCUUCAUUAACCUGCGAGAGGUGAGCACACGGCUGCGUCUACCUCCUGGAGAGUACCUCAUCGUCCCCUCCACCUUUGAGCCUAGUAAAGAGGCUGACUUUGUCCUCAGAGUCUUCACUGAGAAGCAAUCAGAAACAGAAGAACUGGAUGAUGAAGUCUCUGCUGAUUUAGAAGAUGAGGAUGAAAUAACUGAGGACGACAUUGAUGACUCUUUUAAGUCCAUGUUUGCCCAGCUGGCAGGAGAGGAUAUGGAGAUUUCCAUUCGCGAGCUUAAAACUAUUCUAAACAGAGUCGUCUCCCGGCACAAAGAUCUAAAGACUGAUGGCUUCAGCACAGAGUCCUGCAGAACCAUGGUCAACCUGAUGGAUAAAGAUGGAAGUGCCCGUUUAGGGCUGGUGGAGUUUCAGCUACUAUGGAACAAGAUCCGCAAGUGGCUGGUCAUUUUUAGAGAGUUUGACCUUGACAAGUCAGGGGCCAUGAGUUCAUAUGAGAUGCGUCUUGCUGUGGAGGCAGCAGGUUUUAAACUGAAUAACAAACUGAACCAGAUUCUGGUUGCCCGGUAUGCAGAGAAUGAGCUGAUUGACUUUGACAACUUCAUCUGCUGCUUAGUCAAGCUUGAAGCCAUGUUUAGGUCUUUCCAGCAGUUUGACAAGGAGGAAUCAGGAGAGGUUGAGAUGAAUCUCACAGAGUGGCUUUACCUGACCAUGUGUGGUUGAAGAAGACUGUCUUUACUGGAGACUGGAUAGGCGCAGUGUCCUGCAGACUGCCAUGAAAGUUGAGCCCAGAAGACCCUCAGCCUUAGUGACCUGAUGAUCCUCUAACACAUCCCACCUCAUUUUACCAAAAGUAGCAAAUGAGCUGUAUACAGAAGUCCAAAGUCCAAUCAAGCUAAGUGUCUCCUGCUAGAAUCUUACAAACUAUGCAAACCUACAGUAUGAAGCAGUCACUGUGCCACCGUCGUCUUUGUAAAAAACAGCAUGUCUAUGCAUGACAAAAAUCACAAGCUGUAAUGUGCAUUUUACUAGCUGAUUUUAUACUUCUACAUUUUAGUUUUGCUGGCUGUAUAAAUCAAAAUCUCACUAGAAGCUAUUUUAGCGUAAAAUAGAAGAUGACAUUUAUUUGAAGUUUUAAGUCUGUUACUGUAGUGCUUUUAAAAAGUGAAGUCUUAUAGUUUCUACGAAUCAUUCGGUACUUAUGUUAAUGUUUUUUUCCCCCCCUGAUUUUAUAACAAAUAUUUUUUACAGGAAAUAAUCACCUCAGUAUUGUCAGUUUCAUUCUUGCACCAGUAGGUGGUAGUACAGACUUGACCUGCUGUCAAUGAUUUGUUUUUUUAAAAGUUUUUGCAUUUCAUGAAGUUUUAGAAGAAGUUUUACUCCAUUGUUUUUAUUUUGCACAGUUUUUUAUUUUAGUUUAAGGAAGCUGCUAAUAAAGUCGCCUCACGUUGGUGAGAAAUAUUGGUUCGCUCAAGUGACAUUAACAGGGAUCACAUGCUACUGAAUGCCUUAUACACGACACUAUGAUAUUAAAAACAGCUUUUAGAAAUGUGCCAGUCAUGUUCUUUAUGUUGUGAAUGUAUGUUGUGCCUUCAAUAAAUAUUUCCCUCAAAGUU